AAAGGUGCAUAAUUCCUGGGAUGCAAAUAAUUUUGGCCUCAACUAUAAUUUGCAUUCACGACACAUUAACCCUUAUGCAUCGUCAUGAUGACUAAGCUUUUUCUUGAUAGCUGGGCUGAAUUACUCAAACACCAGUGGUGGAGCCAGACUGUUGACUGGGGCUCUGAUUUUUGUAGGGUUAGCCAGAGGAGGUAGCAUUAAGAGCUUACCCCAAACCCAGGAGGGUUAUCUCCAAUAACACAUCAACUCCAAACAUCCCAAACAUUUUAAAUCCCUGGAACCACAGACUGGUCACCGUGAGGGACUGUAGUAGAAGUAUGAUUUCAGAAAAUGUUCUGGAAAAUGAUUUACCUACUAUGCAAACAAUAUUUGCCUGUGAUCAAGAACCAUGAAGAGAGGUGACAUGAUUUGUGAGCUAAUCAUGUAAUAUAAGAAGCCGUCUGAGCGUCUGUGGAUCAGAGGUGUCAGAUGAACAGAGAGUGGACAAAGAUGGACCGACUUCUUCUUCUACUCAUCGCUGCAUCAAGAGCGUGCGCUGCCUCUUCACAAGUUAAACGUCAGUACCAUUUUUACUAUGACGCCAAGACCUGGACCGAAGCCUUACAGUUCUGCAGAGAGAAGCACACAGACCUGGCCACCAUCCACAGCAUGGAGGGAGUGAACACUCUGAUGAGCAAGGCAGAUUCAAACAAGAUGGCCUCCUCUGGAAACAGAGCCUGGAUUGGGAUGUAUGAUGACGUGGACAGCUGGAGAUGGUCUCUGUCAGACCGAAGUUUCUACGACCCUGGAGAGACCGAGUUCAGACGAUGGUGGGCUGGAGAACCGGACAAUUUGAACAGUAAAGAGAGCUGUGCAAGGAUCGAUCAUAGGGGAAGGUGGAACGAUGUAAGCUGUAUGAACAUCCUUCAGGCAAUCUGCUGUAAUGUCACAGGUCCUAGUGUCUCAUUUGUCCCCACCCCCACCUCCACAACAUGGACUGAGGCCCAGAGCUACUGCAGAGAACACCACACAGACCUGGCCAGUGUGAGGAACGAGGCAGACAACCAGAAGAUACAGGAGCUGAUUGCUCCUGGACAUUUUUACUGGAUCGGCCUCUCCAGAGAGUCCUGGAAGUGGUCUGAUGGGGGUAACUCCUCCUUUAGGUACUGGGUAUCAGGUAAACCUGAUAACUAUGGUGGAGCUGAGUCAUGUGGGGCAAUGGCGUUCGAUCACGGUGGAAAAUGGGACGACUAUCCCUGUGACAGCACGAAAGCAUUCGUCUGCUACACUACAAGGAUAUCAAAGCAAGUGUUCAGACUGAGUGUGCAGAAGAAGGACCCCUCUGUGGACCUCAACGAUCCUGCUGUGACGGACGACAUCUUAGAGCAGAUCAAACAGAAGCUGAAGGACGGGGGUCUGGAUGAAAACAUCAAACUGAGCUGGAGGAAGCAGCCGGGUGGAAACGUCUUCCAGAAGCUGAAGACCGAGGAGGAGGACGACCUUGAAUGUCGUCAAGAGGACUAAAUGUUGUUCUGUCUUUAACAUCCUGGUGUUACGGGUUGAGUUAGAGCUUCAAUAAGUGAAGUUAGAACAGUUUGUUGUUAUUGAAUCUCUUUAGUCAGUUUCUAAUGUAAUAAACUGUGUUGAGU